CUAGUGAGGGGAAGAUGGCGGCCGCAGCGGUGGUGGUUCCCGCAGAGUGGAUAAAGAACUGGGAGAAAUCAGGGAGAGGCGAAUUUUUGCAUUUAUGCCGGAUUCUCAGUGAAAAUAAAAGCCAUGACAGUUCGACUUACAGAGAUUUUCAACAAGCUCUCUAUGAGUUGUCAUACCAUGUCAUUAAAGGAAAUUUAAAGCAUGAACAGGCAUCUAGUGUUCUUAAUGACAUUAGCGAAUUUCGUGAGGAUAUGCCUUCUAUUCUUGCUGAUGUAUUCUGCAUAUUAGAUAUUGAGACAAAUUGUUUAGAAGAAAAAAGCAAGAGAGACUAUUUUACACAAUUGGUAUUAGCAUGUUUGUAUUUAGUUUCAGACACAGUUCUGAAGGAACGUUUGGACCCAGAAACUUUGGAGUCAUUAGGGCUAAUCAAACAGUCACAGCAGUUCAAUCAAAAGUCAGUUAAAAUCAAGACAAAACUCUUUUAUAAGCAGCAAAAAUUCAAUUUAUUAAGAGAAGAGAAUGAAGGUUAUGCCAAGCUGAUUGCUGAAUUGGGGCAAGAUUUAUCUGGAAAUAUUACUAGUGAUUUAAUAUUAGAAAAUAUCAAGUCUUUAAUAGGAUGCUUUAAUCUGGAUCCCAAUAGAGUUUUGGAUGUAAUUUUAGAAGUGUUUGAAUGCAGGCCAGAACAUGAUGACUUCUUUAUAUCUUUAUUAGAAUCUUACAUGAGUAUGUGUGAACCACAAACACUGUGUCAUAUUCUUGGAUUCAAAUUCAAGUUUUACCAGGAACCAAGUGGUGAGACCCCCUCGUCUUUAUACAGAGUUGCAGCAGUGCUUUUGCAAUUUAAUCUCAUUGAUUUAGACGAUCUUUAUGUACACCUUCUUCCAGCUGAUAAUAGCAUUAUGGAUGAAUACAAACGAGAAAUUGUGGAAGCUAAGCAAAUUGUAAGAAAACUCACAAUGGUUGUAUUGUCUACUGAGAAACUUGAUGAACGAGACAAAGAAAAGGACAAAGAUGAUGAAAAAGUAGAGAAGCCACCUGACAACCAAAAACUUGGUUUGUUAGAAGCCUUGUUAAAGAUCGGUGAUUGGCAGCAUGCACAAAACAUCAUGGAUCAGCUGCCUCCAUACUAUGCAGCUUCACAUAGACUAAUAGCUCUUGCUAUUUGCAAGCUCAUUCACAUAACUGUUGAGCCUCUCUACCGAAGAGUUGGUGUUCCUAAAGGUGCUAAAGGCUCACCUGUUAUUGCUUUGCAAAACAAGAGAGCACCAAAGCAGGUAGAGAGCUUUGAAGACUUGAGGAGGGAUGUAUUCAACAUGUUCUGUUACCUUGGUCCUCACCUUUCUCACGAUCCCAUUUUAUUUGCAAAAGUCGUGCGUAUAGGCAAGUCAUUUAUGAAGGAGUUUCAGUCUGAUGGAAGCAAACAAGAAGAUAAAGAAAGAACGGAAGUUAUCCUUAGCUGUUUGCUUAGCAUUACUGACCAGGUAUUACUUCCAUCUCUUUCUUUGAUGGACUGCAAUGCUUGCAUGUCUGAGGAACUAUGGGGAAUGUUUAAGACAUUUCCCUAUCAGCAUAGAUACCGUUUGUAUGGCCAGUGGAAGAAUGAAACUUAUAAUAGUCACCCACUUUUAGUAAAAGUUAAAGCUCAAACAAUAGACAGAGCCAAGUAUAUCAUGAAGCGUCUAACCAAGGAAAAUGUGAAGCCUUCAGGAAGACAAAUUGGCAAGUUGAGCCACAGCAAUCCAACCAUUUUGUUUGAUUAUAUCUUGUCACAAAUACAGAAAUAUGAUAACUUAAUAACACCUGUAGUAGAUUCAUUGAAAUACCUCACUUCAUUGAAUUAUGAUGUCUUGGCCUAUUGUAUCAUUGAAGCUUUAGCUAAUCCAGAAAAGGAGAAAAUGAAACAUGAUGACACAACCAUCUCUAACUGGCUUCAGAGUCUGGCUAGUUUCUGUGGUGCAGUGUUCCGUAAAUACCCGAUUGAUCUUGCUGGUCUUCUUCAGUAUGUAGCCAAUCAGUUAAAGGCAGGCAAAAGCUUUGAUCUAUUAAUAUUGAAAGAAGUGGUACAAAAAAUGGCAGGAAUCGAAAUUACAGAGGAAAUGACAACAGAGCAGUUAGAGGCCAUGACUGGUGGGGAGCAGCUAAAGGCUGAGGGUGGUUAUUUUGGCCAGAUCAGAAACACUAAAAAAUCUUCUCAGAGAUUAAAGGAUGCACUACUCGAUCAUGAUCUUGCUCUUCCUCUCUGUUUACUUAUGGCUCAGCAGAGGAAUGGGGUAAUUUUUCAAGAGGGUGGAGAGAAACACUUGAAACUUGUGGGAAAGCUCUAUGACCAGUGUCAUGAUACCCUAGUACAGUUUGGUGGGUUUUUAGCAUCCAAUCUAAGUACAGAAGAUUAUAUAAAGCGAGUGCCUUCAAUUGACGUGCUCUGUAAUGAAUUUCAUACACCUCACGAUGCAGCAUUUUUUCUGUCUAGACCAAUGUAUGCACACCAUAUUUCGUCAAAAUACGAUGAACUUAAAAAAUCAGAAAAGGGAAGUAAACAGCAACAUAAAGUCCAUAAAUACAUUACAUCAUGUGAGAUGGUGAUGGCUCCUGUCCAUGAAGCAGUGGUCUCCUUACACGUUUCCAAAGUCUGGGAUGAUAUCAGCCCUCAGUUCUACGCUACAUUUUGGUCAUUGACAAUGUAUGACCUUGCAGUUCCACAUACCAGCUAUGAAAGAGAAGUCAAUAAACUUAAAGUCCAGAUGAAAGCGAUUGAUGACAAUCAGGAAAUGCCUCCAAAUAAAAAGAAAAAAGAGAAGGAACGCUGCACAGCCCUUCAGGACAAGCUUCUUGAAGAAGAAAAGAAGCAGAUGGAACAUGUUCAGAGAGUUCUUCAGAGACUAAAAUUGGAAAAAGACAACUGGCUUUUAGCAAAGUCAACCAAAAAUGAGACCAUCACAAAAUUUCUACAGCUGUGUAUAUUUCCUCGCUGCAUUUUCUCGGCAAUAGAUGCUGUGUACUGUGCUCGUUUUGUUGAAUUGGUACAUCAACAGAAAACUCCAAAUUUUUCCACACUUCUUUGCUACGACCGAGUUUUUUCUGACAUAAUUUACACAGUUGCAAGCUGUACUGAAAAUGAAGCUAGUCGGUAUGGGAGAUUUCUCUGCUGCAUGUUAGAGACGGUGACCAGGUGGCAUAGUGAUAGAGCCACAUAUGAAAAGGAAUGUGGAAACUAUCCAGGAUUCCUUACCAUAUUACGGGCAACUGGAUUUGAUGGUGGAAAUAAAGCUGAUCAAUUAGAUUAUGAAAAUUUUCGACAUGUUGUACAUAAAUGGCAUUAUAAACUUACCAAGGCAUCGGUACAUUGCCUUGAGACAGGCGAAUAUACUCACAUCAGGAAUAUAUUGAUUGUGCUAACAAAAAUACUUCCUUGGUACCCAAAAGUUUUGAAUCUGGGUCAGGCCUUGGAAAGAAGAGUGAAUAAAAUAUGCCAAGAAGAAAAAGAAAAGAGGCCAGAUCUAUAUGCAUUGGCUAUGGGCUACUGGGGGCUGUUGAAAUGUAGAAAGUCACACAUGAUACCUGAAAAUGAAUUUCAUCACAAAGAUCCUCCUCCAAGGAAUGCUGUUGCCAGUGUACAAAAUGGGCCUGGUGGUGGGACUUCUUCAUCAUCCCUAGGAAGUGCAUCUAAAUCGGAUGAAAGUGGUACUGAGGAGACUGAUAAACCAAGGGAGAGAUCUCAGUGUGGUACAAAAGCUGUUAAUAAGGCUUCUAGUACCACACCAAAAGGGAAUUCAAGCAAUGGAAAUAGUAGCUCUAACAGCAACAAAGCUGUUAAGGAAAAUGACAAAGAAAAAGUUAAAGAGAAAGAUAAAGAGAAAAAAGAAAAGACUCCAUCUACAACUCCAGAGGCCAGGGUACUUGGUAAAGAUAGUAAAGAAAAACCAAAGGAAGAGCGGCCAAAUAAAGAUGAAAAAGCAAGAGAGACAAAGGAAAGAACGCCUAAGUCUGACAAAGAGAAAGAAAAAUUCAAGAAGGAAGAAAAAGCUAAAGAUGAGAAAUUCAAGACCACCAUCCCCAGUGUAGAAUCAAAAUCGACUCAAGAAAGAGAAAGAGAAAAGGAGCCAUCCAGAGAAAGAGAUAUAGCAAAGGAAAUGAAGUCAAAGGAAAACGUUAAAGGAGGAGAAAAAACACCAGUUUCAGGGUCCUUGAAGUCACCUGUUCCCAGAUCAGAUAUCUCGGAAUCUGAAAGGGAACAAAAACGUCGCAAAAUUGAUACUCAUCCUUCUCCAUCACAUUCCUCCACAGUAAAGGUUACAGACAUACCUCCCAAAGUUCCUCUGGGUUCUGAGAACUAUGCCAGCUCACCUGUCAUCUCCAUUCAUUUUCUACAGGACAGUCUCAUCGAUCUCAAGGAAUCUUCAUCAAAGCUCUACAUUAAUCAUACUCCUCCACCACUGUCCAAGAGUAAGGAGAGAGAAAUGGACAAGAAAGAUUUGGACAAGUCAAGGGAAAGAUCCAGAGAAAGAGAGAAAAAAGAUGAAAAGGACAGGAAAGAGCGGAAAAGGGACCACUCAAACAAUGACCGUGAAGUGCCACCGGACAUAACAAAGAGGCGGAAAGAGGAGAAUGGAACAAUGGGGGUUUCAAAACACAAAAGUGAGAGUCCAUGUGAGUCUCAAUAUCCAAAUGAGAAAGACAAAGAGAAAAAUAAGUCAAAAUCUUCAGGCAAAGAAAAAGGCAGUAGUGAUUCGUUUAAAUCUGAGAAGAUGGAUAAAAUCUCCUCUGGUGGCAAAAAGGAAUCCAGGCAUGAUAAAGAAAAGAUAGAAAAGAAAGAGAAACGGGAUAGUUCAGGAGGAAAGGAAGAGAAGAAACAUCAUAAGUCCUCUGACAAGCACAGAUAAUGAACACUUUCAACCAAGGGUGUGGACAGACCCCUAAGCUGAACGUCUCCCCGAGGAGGAUGCCAAAGCUCCAUGAGUCACUCUCAGAAUAAUAUCUCCCAUAAUUAAGAGCUUCUGGUGCUGUCCAUUUUAUGGGAAUCUGCUUUAAGUCAGAAGAUGUAUACACACCACCAUCCUUUUGACGAGACAUUCCAAAGUCACUGAUUUUCAGAACAUUAUUUUCACCUGCGGGCAAUUUCUUGGAGCGAGGUCCCUGUGCAUACAAUUUUUACUUGAGAUAUGCCAUCCAGAAGCAGCAUCUAAUGAAAAAUUCACUAACUGACUUUCAGUUCACCCUUCUUUCUCAGAAAGGAGAGGAAAUUGCCUCCUGGAACCAAUUCCUUAAUGAUGUAGAUAGGUUGCCUUUGUGUGUGAACUCUAUAAGUGUGAAAACAUUGGGAUGAUUAUGUUGUUUGGAGGUUUUUGGCUUCUUGUAAAAAUUUUAAUUUUAAUUCUAAUUCCUGGGAAAGAUCUUUAUAUGUUUUAACAGCAACAACAUUUUUAUCCUUUAAUGUACUCUUAAAUAUGUCAUUAAAAGUUUCCUUGUCCUUAAGGAAUUCUCAUAAUGUGACAUCAUCACGAUUGAGACCCCAUUUCUUACUCUGAUUAUGAUCAUGUGACUACCAU